AGACAUUUGGGUUGCUUUGACAAUAGUUGUUUGAAGGUGGCCCUCCAGAGGGCCGAGGAACCUUCGGAAGGCAAUGGCACUUGUGAUGCAGCCGCCGAUCAUCAGAGACCUGCCGCGUGUGCCAACGCACGAGGUUGAUACUUUCGAAGAGGAGCAUUUGUGCGGCCGCUAUGUCCUGUUGGAGAAGAUUGGUGGAGGAAGCUACGGAAGUGUCACCAAGAUGGAAGAUGUGGUCACUGGCAAAUUGAUUGCCAUCAAGAGCUCUCCACUAUUCAUUGAGGAGGGCUUUAGUGCUUCCUCACUCCGAGAGAUUGUAUCUCUCAGGGCCUGCCAGCAUCCGAACGUGGUGCAACUCCUGGAUGUUCAUCACGAUUCCGACUGUGUGCACUUGAUCCUGGAGUUCAUGCCAUUUGACCUAUCCCAGUACAUGAGGAGGGUCUUGAAAGGCCCCUUCGUGGACUUGAAGCCAGCGUUCCGUCAGAUUCUACUGGGGGUGGCUCAUUGCCAUCGAUGCGGCUAUUUGCAUCGAGACCUGAAGCCUCAGAACAUUUUGGUGAAUGGAGAUGAUAAGAUCACACUGAAGGUGGCGGAUUUUGGCCUCGCGAAGCCCUUCAGUGCUUUGCAGACGAGAUGCCCAUUGCCCUUCACCAGGAAUGUUGUCACUCUUUGGUACCGUGCGCCAGAACUCAUGCUGAUGGACCAGCACCAGUGCAUGUACGAUCAAAGCGUUGACAUUUGGUCGUUGGGUUGCAUUCUAGCAGAGAUGGCAACAAAGCGCCCGCUCUUCCCUGGUGACUCUGAGAUUGAUAUGCUCUUCAAGAUAUUCCGGAUGAAGGGCACGCCUACCGCAACGACCUGGCCCAACCUUGAAAAAAUGGGACACUUCUCCCCACAGUUUCCAUCCUGGCAGGAUACAAAGUUCCAGAGAGUUUUGGAGUCGUGCGAAGAAAAACACCACAGCUUCCUGCAGCGAAUGUUUGGAGCUCUGCUGGAGUAUGUGCCACGGAAACGUUUGUCAGCCUCACGUAUACUUUCACAUCAGUGUUUCGAAGACCAAUGCGAACAAGGCGAAGAAGUCUGAGCGCCUGACAUUUGCUGGUCUCAUGCCGUUUUGAUAAAGCUCUUCGUCAUUUUACAUGAGCCAGUGGUGUUUAUUGGUGCACAGCAUCUUGAGCUCAGGAUGACCUCCGACUGAAUGGCUGGAGGUUGCCUGGUUUAAGAAACCCAUUGUUGGGGCAGCUGACUAGCACUCCAGUUCCCGUGUGCAAUCUCACCCCCCUUGGGGAGGGUGAUGUGAUGCCCCAUGAGGUGUGC